AUGAGCACCGGCACCGGCACCGGCACCGGCACCGAUUACAGCACCGAUAGAGCACCGAUAUCCAACACCGGCACCGAUUACAGCACCGGUAGAGCACCGAUAUCCAACACCGGCACCGAUUACAGCACCGGUAGAGCACCGAUAUCCAACACCGGCACCGAUUACAGCACCGUCGAUACAGAUCUGCUGGAAUUCAAGCUGCCAAAACAACAUAAACCAGGAGCCGAUAGGCUGAGUCGUCUUCUUGCCGUGCAGCCUGAAUUCAUCGAUUUGCUGACUGCGGCUCUCCUGGACUCAACUACUGGAACUUAUGCUGCCGCACCAUCGAAUUUCUUGGACAGGGAAUGCGAUGCUAUCUACGUUGCCAGGUUGGCUGAUUUGCCACCAAUCAUUCUGGAAUUUCAGGCGAGGGUGGACCUGGAAUUUAUACAUCGUGCCUUCUGCUAUUGCAUGGAGGUCUACAAAAGAUACAACGUUCUCCCAAUCGUCUUGGUGAUACAUACGGGUGAGAUAGACCGGUCUUUCCUGGUGGAAAAAUUCAAGACAACCGAAAAGUGGCCGUAUAUGCUGGAAAUGGAGUGCUCGUUUGUGGCGAAGCGUUUUUAUUUGUUGACAAAAGACAGCAUCAUGGAUUUGGUCGAUUCAGACGAACCACUGCCUCCUCUCGUUGCCGCUGCCCAUUUUUUCAUAUCUCGUUCACCCAGUAUCAUUGGAAACUCUCGAUGGGACGACGAGUAUAUCAAGUUUAUGUAUCGGUUAUGCAUGAAAUUUGCCAAGCAAGACGGCAUACAUGAAGCUACUCGCUUGGAGAAGUUGAAGCGGGUAUGCAUGGAUACCUACGAUCAGUUCGAAAAAAUAGUCAAGCAUGCACGUUCGGACCCCGCCAAAACUGUGCGCUAUGCAUCGGCCGGCAUGGAGUACACUUCUCAUGUCGCGCGAAAUAUCAACGACUUGCUGGGUGCGGAAACCGAAUGUGUUACGCCUAUGGAAGACCCAGAAGCGGAGGACCUGGUGUCAGACAAGCUAACCAGAAAGCCUCACACAGAGCGGGAAAAAGAAGCCAUACUAAAUUUCGUCAAUGACUUUAAAAAGGAUAUGCGUAAAUGCAGAAUGAAUUGGACUGCUUGCUUCAAUGCUGCGAAGCAAGACCCCUCCAUAACGGAGAUUGUUUCUCGCUAUACCAGUACCAAUAGUUUCAAACGCUGCUACUAUCGAUUGAAAUAA